AUGGCCGGCAGUCGACGCAUAUGCCGCAACUAUUGCCGGCGUUACAUCGCCCCGGCCGAUGGCCGCUGUCAGGGCCCUCCGUACGCGCGCUUCGAGUACUCCGAGCAAUGGAAGAUAACCCGGGUGUACCCAUCGGAGUUCGACGAGAAGCAGCAGGCAGAAGGCUUCAAGCUCUUCGUUUCGGGUGAGAAUUUCCGACCCUCGCGGACGGCAAUGUGCCGACUGGGUGGUGAAGGGGGUAUCCUGGCGCCAGCAGAGGUCAUCCUGAACAACUUCACCCUUUUGUGUGCAGUGCCCUCGACGGGCUUCAGUCUGGCCUCUUCUCCAGCAGGAACCACAUACGAAGUCGAGGUUGCCAUGAACGGACAGGACUUCACUCCAGGGGUGCCCCCAGUCCUGGUGCGCUUCGUGACGGCGACCUCUGUCGUGACAGUUGAUCCGGAGAAUGUGUCGGCGUUGGGAAACCUGCCGUUGACGGUGACAGGGGCCAGUCUGGCGGCGGAUGCUCGCUACUGCAUCUUCGGUGAAGGGGAGCGAGCAGUCGAGGUCCCAGUUUCGGUUCUCGCCAGCGACCGGCAAGUGGUUUGCACGACUCCGCAUUGGGAGAUCCGGCCACAUGGUGCAGCCUCAGAGCGCGUACUGGUUCGACUUUCCACCGACGGUGUCGGCACCGCACGGUCCUCCACGGCGUACGUGAAUUUCGUCGCAUACCCAGAACCGCUGACAGUGGAUCCGAUUGAGGGCCCCGUUGAAGGCCGAGACAAUGCUUUUAGACGUGCCUUCGGACAUUAG